UUGACUUUCUAAGAAGCCUCUACAUGUGACAACACAAAAUUAAAACUUGAACUUUCCCUUAAAAUGUCACGAUACGCUGCACUAUUUCUCUUGCUUUUACCGUAUAUCUACUUUAGCGAAGGAUAUAAAUAUCGUUUGAUUACGCGCGAAGAUAGCUUCGACCGUUGUCGUAAUUUAAAAUGUGAAGAUGGUCAACCACACUCAAUUUGCUUGAAGGCAAACGGACCAUCAGCAAACUGUGCGGAGUUCGAAAUUCUGAAAAUGACUGCAAAACGAAAGAAUAUCCUUAUUAAUGGUCAUAACGGGAUUCGGAACAAAAUCGCAGGAUAUUUCCAUAUUGCUAAUAUGCUCUUGUUGCAUUGGGAUGAGGACCUACAUGAAAUGGCCAGAGGCUUCCUAACUCGAUGCACCAGGGGCAAGGACAGUUGCAACUUCAUAUAUAAUGAUACAUUUACUGUGGGCCAGACUUACUACUUCAACCCCAAAUUACCUUUGAAUAGGUUUGUUAUAACUAUUAUGAGACAUUGGUUCCUGGAAGCCAACGAUAUUGAGACCUUUGCUGAUUUUAUGAAACAAAAGCCGCCGAACAUGACACAAAUGACGUACCCCCCAACAGAGUUCCUAGGUUGCGCUGCCGCAGAAAUGUUUGGAGGUCACAUUAUGAGGUGCUACUACAGCCCAGCUUUCAACGAUGAUCCGAAAGCGUAUAUAAUAGGUAAACCAUGCUCUGAGUGUCCUACGGAGAGAGCAUCUUGUUCCAGAGUUUUCCAUGGAUUAUGCGGAGUUGAUUUACCCUUACCAGGAAAUGGUUGCCGACUUCGAAUAAAUUUCAUUCUACUGUUCCUUUCAAUAAUGUUUUACAUGGCUUACAUUUGAAACUGAAUAAAAAAAAGCGAACUAUAA